AACUUUUCAAGUGAAACUUCGUCUCCCGCGAACCUUGAUGCAACAUAUUAGACCGCAGUCUUCGGGUCCCCUGAAGGAUAUUGGAAGGAUGCCAAAUAUCAAGGUGUUUAGCGGUACCUCACACCCCGAUUUGGCUCAGAAAAUAUGUGACAGACUUGGCAUUGAGCGUGGCAAGGUCGUCACGAAGAAAUUCAGCAAUGGAGAGUGUUGUGUUGAGAUCGGGGAGUCAGUGCGUGGAGAAGAUGUGUACAUCAUCCAGACAGGGUGCUCCGAGGUGAAUGACAUGCUGAUGGAGCUGCUCAUCAUGAUCAAUGCUUGCAAGAUCGCAUCAGCAUGUCGGGUCACCGCCGUUAUACCCUGCUUCCCAUAUGCACGACAGGACAAGAAAGACAAGAGUCGUGCUCCCAUAUCUGCCAAGUUGGUGGCCAAUAUGCUGUCUACAGCCGGCGCAGAUCAUAUCAUCACCAUGGAUCUUCACGCCUCACAGAUUCAGGGUUUCUUUGACAUUCCUGUCGACAACCUCUAUGCAGAGCCAGCCGUCUUGAAGUGGAUACGUGACAACAUCACAGACUGGAGGAAUUGUUGCAUUGUCUCCCCUGAUGCUGGCGGUGCAAAGAGGGUUACAUCCAUUGCUGACCGUCUGAACGUGGACUUUGCCUUGAUCCACAAGGAAAGGAAGAAGGCCAAUGAGGUAGCCUCGAUGGUGCUCGUGGGAGAUGUGAAGGACAGGAUCGCCAUCCUGGUGGACGAUAUGGCUGACACAUGUGGAACUGUUUGUCAUGCUGCUGAAAAACUGUUGGAAGCUGGCGCAGUGAAAGUAUUUGCCAUCUGUACACACGGUAUAUUCUCUGGCCCUGCCAUCUCCCGCAUCAACAACUCCAUGUUCGAAGCAGUUGUUGUCACCAACUCCGUCCCACAGGAGGAGAGGAUGAAGAUGGCCCAGAAAAUCAAGCUGAUUGACAUUUCUUCCAUUCUCGCUGAGGCUGUGCGAAGGACUCAUAACGGAGAAUCUGUCUCUUUCCUCUUUUCCCACGUCCCCUUGUAACCACGGAAACUUCCCAUUUUAGUUUUGUCAUUGUAUUGAUAUAUCCAUGAUAUUAGCGGAGGCCAUUAGAAGAACACACAAUGGGGAAUCCGUGUCCUAUCUCUUCAGCAACGUUCCCAUGUAAGAAGAAAUUAAUUGUCACAGUGGUCCUAUGAAUCUGCCUAAAAGUCGACACUUUGACAUUUGAAUUUUGAGGAACCAAACAGCCCAAGAAUGGUCUGCACCUUGAUCCACUUGUACGAAGCCUGAUGUGGACAUGUUUUGUUGUUAAAAAUCGAAUGAAUAUCAGCCUGAAAUGAACGAAAAGGGCAAAAAGUGCAAAAGGUUUUUGGUUCAGACUGUUUUAUAUCAUAUACUAAGUGUCCCCAAAUUGUUAAAAUCAAUUCAUUUGCCAUAGGCAGACCCUGUCUUAGGUGGUGGUCAUCCCAAACGUGGUUCCAUGUCCUGGUGUUAUAACAUGGAGCCAUUAUUACAUGUGUCCUGGCACUGUUGAGAGUUACAUCCCUUUCCAUGCAUAUUCUGCUCAUUGUGGGUUCACAUUCAAGAGUGUAACAUGACCUGGGGUAUUUCUGAAGUUCUGAGCUUCUACUGUCUCCUUUGUUGCAAUCUUAGCAAUAAACUGUCACUGUAAAGCAUGAUUCAGAUCAGCUCUAAAUCCUACUCAGUCAAUUUCUUAUUCCCAAACGUACGGUUUUGAUCAUCGACCUUAGUCUGUUUGAGUCUGAUUGACCAUGGGGAGCAAGGAAGAAAAGAAAUCUAACUUCACUCAUGUUGAAAAGUUUACUAUAUACAUUGAAUCACAUAGUAUUUCUUACAAUGAAUAUUAUUGGUGUUGACUUAGUUUUGGUAUAGAGUACAUUAAGUAGGUGUGAACACAAAUGGCCUCCACCUUUGACAUAAGGCAGACUUAAAGUACUUGCGUUUCCGGUACCCAAAGAAAUAUAUUUGUUUAAAUCUCACAUUUCCAUAUAACUCAUCAUCCACAUUGACAUGCAGAUUUGAGAUACUUUGCAACGACUUCACUUCUGUAAACAUAAAAAAAUAAACACACAGACAGUGUAUGUUAAGGCCAUGUUGCUGUGACAACUUGAUACACAAGUAUUGUUUUGGCCAAUGGUUUGUUUUCCUCUCGGUGGACGAGACAUGAUUUAUGUAUGCUACAGCAGCUUAUUGCAAUGCAAUUGUACCAGUGUUCGCAGCACAACAAAAUAUAUCACCAGUGCAUCGUGUUUGUGUGUUGCAUGUUGUUUGUUGGGAAUGGGUAAACAUACAUCAGUCUGCUAGAUGUAUAUAUAUUGUGACACACCAGAACAGAAUACUGUGAAAUCUGGUUCACUCAAUCUCAGUUGAAUGUGUGCUGUGUUCGUGAUUAAGUAUGCACGAGGUGGACUCCUGUUUGUUUGUCAACAUCAACAGUGAUCCCACAGAUCAGGAAAGAUAAUUUUUGUCUGGAGAUUCUGGGUUAGAAUUAAUCACCAGCAACCUAUAUUGAUCACAAGAAGAGACGGAAUGGUUUAGGUGUCAGGUCACCCUGACCUGAGUGAUUGCCUAUCAUCACAAGCCAGCAGCUGGGAUCAUUGCUCACACUGUCAAUAACUUGAUUGUCUUCUUCAUACUGUGUUACCUACAGGCUGCCUGGUGCUGGAAUAUUGCUGAGUGGCAUUAAACAACAAUGAAAGCUCAUAUUUGUCAUAAGCUGACAGUGAGUGGGGCUGGUUGGUCAGGGCUUUGACGUCAUUGUGUGAUGCCAUCGUACCUGAUAGUGUUGAUGUCGUCAACCAUUGAAUACCGCUGCCCAGAAUUGAUUCCUUACAUUCCCCCUUCAAGUAUCUGGAAUUUUUGUAACUGCGGAAUACACAGCAAAUAACAAUAGAAAAGUCAGUUAAUAUGGAUGAUCACAAUCGUUUUGAAGAUAUUACGAUUGAGUUACCAGGCUUCACUGUAUUUUGUUUUUGCUAGAUUUUCACUCAGUUAUAAGCUGUAAGGACUUACUCCUCCAAAUGUACGUACUGUUGCUUGAGACACAGAGAAACAACCAGGAAUUUUGUGCCUCAUCUUCACUAAAAUAUAAUUACCCCUAAACAUUCAAUUAUCCCUUAUUCUUUGUACAGUAUAUAGUGCUAUUUUACACAUGGAUAAGAAUAGAAGCAAUCGAGAUGUCUGUAGUCAAUAGAAGGCUUGACCUUUGCAUGGACGUGUGGCUGGUGUUGGCAACUUGGGUGGCACCGAUGGAGGGAAUUAAGUGCAUUGAUUGAUAGAUGUAUUCACCUUUCAGAUAACACCUCAAAUGAAAAUUAUGAAAUAUUAAUUCUGUGUGUAACAUGAUCUUGAAUUCGUGCUGUAUAACAUUGACUAAUUCUUGAUGUCACCUACUGUAGAGUGGCUGGAACAUUAUUAAACAUGGCAUUGCUGUGCAGAUCUAACCAGCCAUUGGAGUAGCCAGUUCUGGGCUUACAGUGUUUAAAACAGAGUUUUGUGCCAUAGCCUCAAUGUGAAUGAUUAAAAGGAAGG